AUGAAAAUUUUCGCAGGACUCAUUAUUGCCAUCAAAGCCGACGAAAAGAUUCUUGGAGAGCUUAUCAAUAAUUUUUGUGGGUUUGACCUACAUGACUUCUAUGAUACAGCUGGACUUGCUAUUGAAUACCGAGUGAGUCCCCGGAAAACCUGGGGUGGGGAAGAAGGUGGCAAGUCGAAAUGGAAAUGGACUGAGGUUCAUGAUCCUUACAAUGGCACCAGUAAGAAGACAACGGGAAGAUAUGGUAAAAGUAAAGCCAAAGGCCCGUCCCACUGGAGAGAGUCUCCGAGAGACGUUGUCCGAGUGAACUGUGUUACAAGCCGUGGCGGGACUGACCAUGAGAACUUAAUGCCACUCGGCGGAAACCCAACCAAAAAGAUGGCUCCAAUGAUCAAGUGCACUAAAAAGGGACUGAACGGCACCCCAAAGCUCAAGCCUAACUCUCGAAGAUGGAGAGGAAACAAAAUCCUUGACUGGUUUCAAAGAAACUGCGCCUAA